UGUUUUACUACUGGAGCGUGUUCCAAUAAUAUAGAGAUACUUAAUUGCAAGUUAACUCACUGUGAUAUGACUCGAUCAAGUACUACGACAGGCUCCUGUCAGAGUUGCCGAGAUUUGGAACAAUGUUUCGUUGAAAAGCCAAGUGGAUGUAAUGUUUGGAGUCCAGAAAUUUGUCCAUCAAAUUUGGUUAAUCCGAACUAUGCUGAUCCUGAAAGAAAGAAUAAUAUAGAAAUUAGUGAAAAGGUUCAAGUAAUCAACGUGAGCCAGAACUCUACAAAUAUUUACAUUUGUCCAGUGAAGAGGAACGAUAAAGUGUUGUUGAUAUCAAGCAAGAAACUCGAAAUGACAGAAGCUUCUAAUAUCCUAGUUUCUUGUCAAGCACAAGGAAUUUUCCACACAGUUGUGUCAAUACAACAUUUAUGGCGGCAUAGCGUGAUAAUGGCGAGUGUGGCGAGACUUGAUGAAGUAUUUAAGUACGCAAGUUUAAAUGAUGUUUUAGACGUAAUUCCAAUUACUGAUUAUAGCGAUUUACCUGAAGAGUCAUUUUGGAGUGAUGCUAUCAACACUAAACUGUCUUAUCCUAGCACAGAUGUAGUUUUACUUCAAGAUGUUCCAUUCAACAAGUGCCUUGGAAGGAUACAUAUUCUAGGAACAAGAAAAUACCAUUCAACGUUCGUCGUAUUGACUUCAGACAUCGCAACUUCGUACGAUAUAGAAGUUGGAGAUGUACUCGUCGUGAACUCUACGGGACAUUUCAUUGAAUCUGUUGUCGAAAUUGGAGGAGAACCAAAUUCUACAUUCAUCGAAACCAGUAUUUUAGACUGUAGUCACGAAGCAAUACGAAACAGCGUAAUGCUAACACCGCCCUCUUCAGUCCUUCAUGAAAACGCUAAUAUUAUUCUCGGAUGCAGUGGUGGAGAAAAUAACACAGACGGAAUUGUUAUAAUAGAUGGAGACAUAUCUGAAGAAUCGCUACAGAUUGAUACUUCUACCUUAAUUAUUGGACGUGAAACAAGUGGCUUGGUCGGGAAGAUAUUACAUUAUGAAGUUCGAGGUAACUAUGUAUUUAUCGAGGUGCUGGUUGCACGUGACCAUCAGGAGUUUAGUGAAAUCAUCUCAAAUGAAGGCGACGACGAUGGCAUCAACAAUUACGACUCUCAAGUUGACGUAAGCUUGAAUAAACCACUGAUAUACACUGACGAUGACGUUUUAUGCGAGAUUGACCCACAGUUUCAGUUUAAUUCGUCUUUGCGACUAAUUUUCUCAACUGACCGUAUAAAAUACAAACAAUUGGAUGUAAUCUACGAAGGCCCGAUAAAGACAGGUCUACAUAUAAAUUGCAGUGCUGGAGUUCCAUUUGAUGAUAAUGUUGCAAGGCAGUUUGCUGUAAACAGAAGAACUGGAAAUUAUUACGUGUCAUUGGGAGGUUUGAAAAUUCCUUUAUCCGUCGAUUUAAAAGCGAAAUAUUCCAUUAUAGCUGGCCUACCAGCUCCAUUGGAAACCAAAUUUGGUGUUACUUCUACUGCAGAACUAAAUAUCGGGUACGGCAUCAGGCCCCAAGAAGAGAGACCGGUCGUACUUACACCAAUGGUGUCUGAUGGUGUUACAAGUUCAUCCAGAGUUAUUAAAUCACACCUUUCAAAUUAUACAAACAUCCAUAUUUCGAUUAAUGGAACUUUUGCCCCAACGUUAACGGUAACAUUCCCAGCCGAGCCUGCUCUGCCAUUUUGCUACACCGCAUCUCUUCUUCCUGAUUGGCUAGCUUCAUUUGUUGGUGGUAAUACACACACGAUGUGUAGCGAAGUUCCAGAUGGAGAUGCACCUUUCGGUUUCCAGUUUUCGACCACGUUUGAAAUUCGCUCAAAUUUGACUGUAUUUUUGUGCGACGAAAUAUGUAUAGAGGAGGAAAGACUACCGUAUGACAUUACACAUGCUCUGUUGUUGUACGGUGGUCUUUCUCAGAUCUAUAUGGAAGCCACAUACAACCAGGUUUACCCGUCAAAAACAUCAUACCAGUCCACAAAACCAUUUGAUUUGGCAGUGAACACAAGAGAGUGUAGUGCGCAUCCAUUCCUCAAUGUACCGAACUGUCUUACUGGGCAAACAAGUGAACCCGCCGUCAAUGAUACUGAAAGCGUAACUUGUCCUGACAGCACCACACGUUUUCAACACGACGCUACAAUUCACUGUCCUUGCAACUGUGCCGAUGGUACCGUCAGGGAAAUGUCGGAAGACGGCUCCUGUCCUUGUUCGUGUCAAUGUGCUGACGGCUCCUAUGACACAAUCGCAGUCGAUGGUAGCUGUCCGUGUGAAUGCAAAUGUCUUGAUUGCAUGACAUCUACUCUUGGUCCUGAUGGAUGUGAAUGUCCAGUGAUAUAUGACAUAUGUCCGCCCUGUUUAGUAGGUGAAAUUCAGGUUUUUGAUAAAUGUAUCUGUCAGUGCGUACCUGUUGAUCAAUGCGGAAUUUUACCCACGUGUGUUGUUGGACGUCGAGGGGAUUAUUGUAAUCAACUGGAUUGCCGUCCAUGUCAAGGUAUGGUGGCAUAA